AUGCCUCUGUUAAAAGUUGGGGGGAUCGACAUUAACUUUCCGUUUACUCCCUACCCAUGUCAGUUAGAUUACAUGAAAAAAAUGGUGGAAUGCUUACAAACGGGAGUAAAUGGUAUAUUAGAAAGUCCAACUGGUACUGGUAAAACAUUAUGUUUAUUAUGUUCAUCAUUAGCUUGGUUACAGAACCAAAAAGCUCAUGUUCAGAUGAAUAAAGAACAGGGUUUAGUUCCAUUGAUAAAUGAUAAAGAAAAUAUAACUGAUAAUUUUAUGAAGAAAUUGGCAGAUAGUCUUCAACAAUCAGCUGCUGUUCCUAAAAUUAUCUAUGCAUCAAGAACACAUUCUCAGCUGUCACAAGCUGUACAAGAAUUAAAGAGAACUAGCUAUAAUAAUAUGAAAGCAGCUGUUAUAGGAUCUAGAGAACAGUUAUGUAUCAAUGAAACAGUGAAAAAAGAAGUUAAUAAUGCUGCCAAGGUACAUAUGUGUAGAGCUAAAGUCUCAGCAAGAAAAUGUCAUUAUUAUAAUACAUUAGAAGUAAGAAGUAUAGUAGGAGAUGUAGUUGAUAUAGAAGAUUUAGUAAGACGUGGUGAAAAAUCAAAGGUAUGUCCAUACUAUCUUGCCAGAGAAUUAAAAACUGAUGCUGAUAUAAUAUUCAUGCCAUAUAAUUACUUACUUGAUCCAAAGUCUAGAAGAGCAAAUGGUGUAGAGUUACAAGGAAAUAUUAUUAUUUUUGAUGAAGCUCAUAAUCUUGAAAAGAUUUGUGAAGACAGUGCUUCUUUUGAUUUAAGUUCAGUAGAUAUAGCUACAGCUAUGGAAGAAGUUACUAAAUUAAUGGAGAAGUUGGUAGAUUUGGCGGCAAUGGAAGAUCAAACAAUAGGUGGUGAUGAUGAUGUUACAUUAGGUAAUGAUUACAGUCUUGUCUCUGCCAUGGUUUUUUCAGGAACAUUGAAAGAUUUUGAAGAAAAUUUAGAUGCAGUAACAAUACCUAAAGAUGGUUUAACUAAACCAGGCUCGUAUAUAUUUGAACUAUUGGCUGGUGUUGGUAUAACGUAUGAUAGUAAAAAUAUCAUUAUAGAUUUACUCGAGAAAAUAGUAGCCUAUCUUACUAAUUCUAGUAGUGGUUUACAUACGAAGGGAGCUGGAAUCUCAAAAUAUACUGAUUCUCUCAAGAAAGUUUUCAGUCAAGAAAUUGGUAGUAAUAUGUCUAUAUUACAACAUCAAGAGGCUGUCACACAGUCAUUUAAGGUACACAUACAUCAAAAAGAAAAGGAAAAUAAUAAGAAGAAAAUUGAUUCUUGGGCAACAAAUGGGAAUGCUGAUAAAAAAGAAAGGAUACUAAGUUUUUGGUGUUUUAGUUCUGGACAGACUAUGAAAGAAUUAAAAGCUCAUGGUGUUAAAUCUAUUAUAUUAACUAGUGGUACAUUAUCACCCAUAUCUUCUUUUACCAUGGAAAUGCAAAUACCAUUUCCAGUAACAUUAGAAAACCCACAUGUUAUAGAAGAACAUCAAGUGUGUGUUUGUACAUUAAAAGUUGGUCCUGAUAGCUAUAGGUUAAAUUCUAGUUAUAAUCAUAGAUUUGAGCCAAGAUAUUUAACAUCACUUGGUAAUGCUAUAGUGAAUUUUUCAAGAAUAGUUCCAAAUGGUUUAUUAAUAUUCUUCCCAUCCUAUACAGUUAUGGACAAAUCUGUUGAAUUUUGGCAGGGUAAUAAUAUAUGGGAUAGAAUUACACAAUAUAAACCUAUCUUUGUUGAACCUACCAAUAAAAGAGGGUUUGUUGAGACUAUUGAUGAAUUUUAUGAAAAGGUCAAUGAUCCCAGUAAAAAUGGUGCAAUAUUUAUGGCUGUGUGUAGAGGAAAGGUUAGCGAAGGGUUAGAUUUUGCAGAUACUAAUGGUAGAGCAGUACUAAUAACUGGUAUACCCUAUCCACCAAUGAAAGAUCCCAAAGUGAUUUUAAAAAGACAGUUUCUAGAUGAAAUGGUGCGGAAAGGAAAUAAAAAUAUGUUAAUUGGUCAGAAAUGGUAUACACAACAAGCAACAAGAGCUGUCAAUCAAGCUAUAGGACGUGUUAUCAGACAUAAACAAGAUUAUGGUGCUAUAAUACUCUGUGAUGAAAGAUUUGCUAGGAAUGAAUCAAUACAACAGUUACCAGUCUGGGUACGACCCUAUGUCAAUAAUUUUGAUAACUAUGGUAAAGCUCAGGGAUAUCUAUUAAGAUUUUUCAAAACAGCUGAAAGCAAGGUAAGGUUAUAG